CCCCCCAGCCUCCUCCAUCUCUGCAGCAGCGCGGAGCGGCAGCAGCUUUUGUCCGCGGAGGGAGGGAGGAACCCAGCGCACAGCGAGCGGAGGGUUUUAUUUUUAUUCUGCUUGUCCUGCUGUCUCUCUGUCUCCCGAAAAACACGCUGGUGAAUUAGUAGCGGAGGAGGAGCAGGGAGGCAGAGAAGAUGUCCUCCCCGCAGGUCUCCUCGUCCCGGAGACAGUCGUGUUAUUUGUGCGACCUGCCCCGGAUGCCCUGGGCCAUGAUCUGGGACUUCACUGAGCCGGUGUGCCGCGGCUGCGUCAACUAUGAGGGCGCGGACCGGAUCGAGUUUGUUAUCGAGACCGCCCGGCACCUGAAGCGGGCUCACGGCUUCCAGGAAGGCAGGUCCGCCGGCGGAGCCGCUGCCCCGCAGCCCGCCACGGCGAAGAGCCAGCCGGGGAUUAUCACGGGCAAAGAGGCGGUGGGACAGCUCAACCACCAUGCCGACGGACCGACCAAAUCACAGCAGCAGCCCGGCUUGGAUCGGUACUCGCUUGGCUCGGACAGCCGGGCCCGGUUUGACUACUCCAUCAGCGGCCACAGCAGCGCCAGGCUGCCCAACGGGCUUGGAGGACCGAACGGGUUCAAACCGGACGACGGACCUCCCGAACUGAACCGACAGAGCCCGAACUCCAGGAGCAGGAGCCACGGCUUGGUGUCGGUACCGGGACAGCUGAACGUCCCACCCAACCUGCUGCCGCAGACUCUGCUGAACGGGCCAGCCGCGGCAGGCAUGGCCCCGCACGGCAUGGCCAGCCGUGCGGCUCCGCAGAGCUCCAUGGUUGGGGUCGGCGGUCCGUCCCUCUCCCUGCCCGGCCAAGGAAUGUCCGAGCCGGGGGGGAAGAGGCCGGGCUCGGUGUCCAGCACGGACCAGGACCGGGAGCUUAAGGAGAAGCAGAGAAACGCGGAGGCUCUGGCGGAGCUCAGCGAGAGUCUCCGCAACAGGCAGGACGAGUGGGCGAGCAAGCCGAAAAUAGUGAGGGAGACCCUGCUCACCCUGUCCGGCUGCACGCCGUUCGACGUCCGCUUCAAGAAGGACCACGGGCUGGUGGGCCGAGUGUUCGCCUUCGACGCCGUGUCCAAACCCGGCAUGGACUAUGAGCUGAAGAUCUUCAUCGAAUACCCCAGCGGCUCCGGGAACGUGUUCUCCAGCGCCUCCGGUGUGGCCAAGCAGAUGUACCAGGACUGCAUGAAGGACUUCGGCAGAGGUUUGUCGUCCGGCUUCAAGUACCUGGAAUACGAGAAGAAGCACGGAUCCGGGGACUGGCGCCUGCUGGGGGAUUUACUGCCGGAGUCGGUGCGUUUUUUUAAGGAAGGUCUGGGCGGGGAGAUGCUGCCUCAGCCCUACAUCGACGGCAGCUGCCCUUUGCUGCCCACCUCCCUGGUUCUGCCCGGCCGGGCCCUGGCCUCCGGCAGCGGGAGCAUCAGCUCCAGGGCCGGCGUAAGGAAGAGGAAAGCCUCACCGGAGCCGGACUCUGCAGACGGCGGUCUGAAGUUGACGGAGGACCAGCAGCGGCAGCAGUGGAUUUCCAGCCAGACCGAGGCGCUCAAACUCUCCAUGGCUACGGGCUCCUUUGCCGCUUCCCACGGCGGCCCGCCUCCCCUCGGCCCGGGGCACCCCGUGCUCCCAUCCGGCCGCGCCACACCCCCGGAGUCCGCGCCUCCGCAGAACGGACAGUCGCCCAUGGCCGCGCUUAUGUCUGUCGCGGACACCCUUGGGAACGCGCAUUCCCCGAAGGACAGAGACUCGGUUCACUCCACUACUUCCUCCUCCAGACACAACAGCAGCAGCCCCGUCUCCCCCGCCUCCGUGUCCGGCCAGAGGCGUCUCGCCUCCCGCAACGGCGACCUGGGGCUGUCCGGCGGGGGGGGCGGGCCUUCCCAGUCCAGCAGCAUGGACCAGGUGCACCAGCAAAACGUGCCCGACUCCCCCAUGGCCAACAGCGGACCUCUGUGCUGCACUAUCUGUCAUGAACGCUUAGAGGACACACACUUUGUGCAGUGCCCAUCUGUCCCCAACCACAAAUUCUGCUUCCCUUGCUCCAGAGAGAGCAUCAAGGCCCAGGGAGCCUCCGGGGAGGUGUACUGCCCCAGCGGGGAGAAAUGCCCCCUGGUCGGCUCCAAUGUGCCCUGGGCCUUCAUGCAGGGGGAGAUAGCCACCAUCCUGGCUGGAGAUGUGAAGGUAAAGAAGGAGAGGGACCCCUGAUGAUGAGGCUUCCAGUAGAAACACAGAGAGAGUGUGUGUGGGUGAAUUUAGUUGGGAAAUAUAUAAAUAUUAUACAUGUGAAUAUUUCAGAAAACCGUCAAAAUAGUGGUAUAACAAACAAAAAAAGACUGGUAUUUCUCUUAUUGUUGAGACUGAGGAGGGUUACAGUAACAGUGUGUGAUGUCACCUCAUUUAGCAGAGGGUGGUGUGUUGUGAUGGCUGAUGUAAUGUUAUGUUUUGGCAGACAGACAGGUGGGGGGUGGGUGAGACAGCUCUCUCACUCCACAGUAACACACUCCUCCUGUUCAUCACAAGGCCAGUUCACCUCCCAGUCAUGUGUCUGUAUAAUGAAACUACAGCCAGUCCAGACAUUUCAAUGGCAGUGUUUUAUUUUUUUAUAGAAGUCCUUCAAACUAUUUAAUUGGGUUUUUUAUUUGUGAAUCAUUUUGGAGACUUUUUUUUAUUUACAUUUUUUCAUUUUUAUAUUUUUUUACUGCAAAAGAUCUUUCGCUGUGGUUCUUGAAUGUUUCGUCAGCCAUCAUAUGGUUUCUCUCUCCGGACGGCAACUCGAUGGACAACACGACCUGGUCCAUCCUGGUUUUAGUUUCUCAGUUUCUGUAGUGACAGACAGAAAAAAACAGACAAAAAAUAUCUUGUAACGUGCCUUGG